GCCUUAUACAGAUGACCAAGGAGGAGCCUAAAAGAAGCUGAUUUAUGAAAAUAUUAAAAUUAAGCCUUCACUGCGCUAAGUUGCUUAGAAACAUACAAGUAACUGCCUGCAUAUCAGAAAUAAAUAAAUAGAGAAAGAAGAAACAAAAGGACCAGAAUGGGGAUGUCAAACGCAGAGCGUCAAAGGAAGUUUCGUUCCAGAUGGGAUGAGGAUGAAACAAGAAGAAAGUAUUUGCAGGACUCUAAAGAAAAGUACAAGAAGGACAAAACAUUGGGGAAAAGAAAACAGAUUACAGAUAUGACACAAAGAGAAAAAAGGCAUCAAAGAAAAAUUUGGCGAGUGCAGAAAAGGAAACUGAAAGAAAGAAGAAAGGCUGAACAAGAAAGAAUAUUAACACCCCCUUCUUCACCUGUGACACCAGAAAAGAGACAGAAAAGACAGAUCGAUGAUAAACAAAUGGAUCCAUAUGACAGGAAAAAAAAAUUCAAAACAUACCUGCAAAAACUGGCAAAAUGUAGAACAUUUUGUGAGCUGCAGACUGAAUGCAAGCAGAACAAUGAUACAAUUGGUGAACUUACCAUUGACCCACAUGAGUCAAACAUGAAUUAUUUUACCUGAAUGACGAUUUCUUGCAAACUGGCGGGACUACUAGUAAAACAUCCAAGCAGUAUGCUCAGUAUUCAGAGAUGUUCAUUCCAAAUGAAAGGGAAAUGACAAAUGAGAACAUAAAAUCAAUUUACAGAAAAGAGAUUCUCAGUAUCACAAAAGACAAAUCAUUUAUGAGUAUUUGGCAAGUUCAUGCACUGUCAUCAGUUCUCAAAACCCCUAUUCAAUCAGUAUACCCUGAGCUAGGCAAUAGAAAUGUGAGGAAAGACAUGCACAAACUGAUCAAACCUGUUUCAGGAACCAAUAAAGAACCCCCAGUUUUUGUAAUGUGGACAUCAAACAGGGAUGAUAUGACUCCGUUACACUGGGUGCCAAAUCACUUUGUGCCAUUGUUGAAACUUCCGGAAUGGUAUAAAAUAGAUGAUGAAAAUAAUAAUGAUUUGGGCGUAUCUGACAAUUACCAGACAAAACAAUCACGUAUGGAAAGACCAAUUGAAGUUGAAAGUUCUGCACAUGAUAUAUCAAAUGCUACGAAAGUUCAUGUGUGUGUGAUUUGACUGCAGAGAUGGGAACGGCCAAUGAAAUCAGAAAAGCUGAUGGAACGGAGUGCACAUUCAAGGAAUUCAUGGAAAGCAGUGUUGACAGUUUGAAUAUAGGAAUGUGUAAGGUAGACGAGGCAAAUAAUGGGACAGAAAGUGAUAGUAAAAAUACCAGUUCAAAGGUAAAUGGGUCAAAUGGUGGGACAGAUAGUGAUAGUAAAGAUGUUGAUGAGAAAUUAGAUGGGGGAAAUGGUGGGACAGGUGGUGAUAAAACAGAUGAUGAUGCAAAGGUAGAUGGUUCAAAUGGUGGGACAGAUAGUGAUAAAACAGAUGAUGAUCCAAAGAUAGAUGGGGCAAAAGAAGGGACAGAUAGUGAUAGUAAAGAUGCUGAUGUGAAGGUAGACGGUUCAAAUGGUGGGACAGAAAGUUAUAGUAAAGAUGCUGUUGCAAACGAUGAUCGGGAACAACAUGAGACAGAACAUGUAAAUACCGAUUUAAAUGACCAUGAAGGUGUAAGUAUGGGAGAGAAACAUCGGAACAAGAUCAGUGACAUUGACACAAAUUUUGACACAUGUAUAUAUAAAGAGAAACAUGUUCUUGUGAAUUUCAAUGGAAAAGCACAUGUUGGUAUUGUGAAAGAGUCAAACUUGUCAUCUGUAUUAGUAGACUGUAUGCGCCGAAAUGGUAAAAAAGAUAAAAACAGUUUCUGCUGGCCAAUAAAAAUAAGAGACACAAAUUGGUAUCGGCUUACAGAUGUUAUUGCUAUUGUUGAAUGCUCCAAUAUUCCUGGACAGAGAAACAGGUAUCAACUAGAUGAAAAAUCAUGGCAAAUGUAUUCAUCUCAUUGUUGAAUAAAUAUCGCAGCAUUCAACAGUAGCAAUGCCAUCUGAUAGUACACUGUAACAUCUUUUACUUGACAAAACAUUUUGUAUGAUCCAUAUUGUAAUGCAACAUUGAUGAUGUACAGAAUUUGUUUGAUGUAACAGUUUAUUUCUUUCAUUUAACAAUACAUUUAUUGAAAUAAGAAAAACAUAUAUCCAAGUUUUGCUAACUUAUGUUAAUAGUAUAUUUUCUUGUUCACCGGAUGUUGCUGAAUUGUUUACCCUGUACUUUUGAUGUUGACAAAACAUUAUGUAUGAUCCCUUUUGUAAUGUGAAAGUAUCAAUCAUACAUUCAUGAAUAAAAUUUCUUUGAUGUAACAGUUUAUUUCUUUCAUGUAACGAUAAAUUUGCUGAAAUAAGGAAAAUUUGUACCCAAGUUUUGUUAACUUAUGUCAAUAGUUUAUUUUCUUGUUCUUCGGAUGUUACUGAAAUGUUCACGCUGUACUUUUGAUGUUAUGAAGUUAAAUAAAAGAUUUAAAACUUAAAUUGUUUGUUCAAAAUUCCAUGCAGUAACAAUACUAGUCCCUUAUGUAACGUCGAUUCCUUGACAUAACAUACCAUGUUUUUGGACAUUUAUUUUGGUUAUAUUUCAAAAACAGUCAAUUUUCCUGCUCAAUGAAGAAGAUCUAUGUAAACACAAUGACUGAGAAUGAAAAUGAA